ACCUCCGAUUUAACCAAAUGAAAACGUUUGAUUUGAUGGACGUCAGGUUGAAGGGUCAAUUUGACCUCAUUUAACCUUUAAUCCUUGGUCUGGACUAACCAAUGCCGGACAAUAAAAAAAAACCAUCUGGUUUUAUGAACAUAAGUGGGUUGAAACGUCAUCUACCCACACAAUUAAAAACCCCUGCAAGUUUAAAUCCAUCGAAAAAACAUAUAUUUUAUAUAAAAUAUAUUUCAUUUAAAACACUGAGAAACAAUUUUCAAUAGUAGUGUCCUUAUUGGUAAACACAACGCAUUAGAUUUUUACUACGUUUAUUCAUUCAUAAAACGCAGUAAAUAUUGAUCAGGUCGGCAUGACGCUGCAUGUAUUUUUAAAAACCAACCAAUGAAAACGCAUUUGAUUUUCACUUCCGCACCUAGAACAUUCCUUUAACGCCCGGAUGAAUGUGUAUGACAUUGUACGUAAAUAAACAAAUAAGUUUGUAUUGUUGGAUAUACAACGGAAACAAGUGGAAUUAAACAUCUAAAAUGAGUAUUCAAGAAUUCUUGCGUGCUAUUGAUCACAUUACUAAAUAUUUGAGUAACACUUACCCCGGCGACCCCGAAAUAAAGAAAUGGAACGAACUAUACUGUAAAAAUUAUCAUCAGCUUAUUCAACAGCAUAUCAAACUUCAGGAAGACAACGAACGUUUAGAACAAAAUAUAUUAGCAUUACAACUUCAACUGACAACACUUCAAGAAGAGAACAAUGAACCAAAACAAAAUACAUCGAACACAACAAAGAAAGCACACAGAUAUCAGGAAAUAAAAACAAAAAUUGAAAAAUCAUUUUCAGAAGAUAGAAGAAUAACCGGAGAAAUUACUCCUGGCGAACUGCCAACCGUGGAUAAAUGUGUCGAAACUUUAACAAACAUAGAUAAAUUAAUCAGCUCAGACAAGAGAAACAUAAUUUUUAAUUCUUGCAACAAAGGAUACGCCUUGAAAAAGUUAAAAGUGCUGGCAAAAGAAAGAAGAAAAGGGCUUAUGGAGACACUAAAGAACUACGACUUCAAUUAUCCACUGUCGCACUGUAACUUUUUAAUACGUUUCUAUGUUUUUACAAUGGAACAUAAUAUCUUAAAAUGUGCUCUUUCUGUUGAAUAUAUUCGCCGCAAUUUUACAAUUAUACAACAAGUGUUUAACGAUAAAGGUUGGUAAACAAAACAACCAAAUCACUCAAGCGUAGGAUUGUCUCACAAUUUUCUGCAGGAUAUUGAUCUGUGAAACUAGACUUGUUCACCCAAGCGUAGGAUUGUCUCACAAUUUUCGGCAGGAUAAUGAUCUAUCAAUUAAUGAGACUUGUUCACUCAAGCGUAGGAUUGUUUUACAAUUUUCUGCAGAUAUGUUAAUGGGACAUGAAAUAGGAAGUGAUUGUUUGUUCAUUUUGUUUUAUA